AGACCCCUGAUCCUAAAAUGAACGCUAGGACUUACAUGGAUGUAAUGCGAGAACAGCAUUUAACUAAAGAAGAGAGAGAAAUUAGGCAGCAGCUAGCAGAAAAAGCUAAAGCUGGAGAACUAAAAGUUGUCAAUGGAGCAGCAGCGUCCCAGCCUCCCUCAAAACGAAAACGGCGUUGGGAUCAAACAGCCGAUCAGACUCCUGGUGCCACUCCCAAAAAGCUGUCAAGUUGGGAUCAAGCAGAGACCCCUGGACAUACCCCUUCCUUAAGAUGGGAUGAGACACCAGGUCGUGCAAAGGGAAGUGAGACUCCUGGAGCAACCCCUGGCUCCAAAAUAUGGGAUCCUACACCUAGUCACACACCAGCGGGAGCUGCUACUCCGGGACGUGGGGACACACCUGGCCAUGCAACACCAGGCCAUGGAGGCGCAACUUCCAGUGCUCGUAAAAACAGAUGGGAUGAGACCCCCAAAACAGAAAGAGAUACUCCUGGACAUGGUAGUGGAUGGGCUGAGACCCCUCGAACAGAUCGAGGUGGAGAUUCAAUUGGUGAAACACCAACUCCUGGAGCCAGUAAAAGAAAGUCACGUUGGGAUGAAACACCAGCCAGUCAGAUGGGUGGAAGCACUCCUGUUCUGACCCCUGGAAAGACACCAAUUGGCACACCAGCCAUGAACAUGGCUACCCCUACUCCAGGUCACAUAAUGAGUAUGACUCCUGAACAGCUUCAGGCUUGGCGGUGGGAAAGAGAAAUUGAUGAGAGAAAUCGCCCACUUUCUGAUGAGGAAUUAGAUGCUAUGUUUCCAGAAGGAUACAAGGUACUUCCCCCUCCAGCUGGUUAUGUUCCUAUUCGAACUCCAGCUCGAAAGCUGACAGCAACUCCAACACCUCUGGGUGGCAUGACUGGUUUCCACAUGCAAACUGAAGAUAGGACGAUGAAAAGCGUUAAUGACCAGCCAUCUGGAAAUCUUCCAUUUCUAAAACCCGAUGAUAUUCAGUACUUUGAUAAACUUUUGGUUGAUGUUGAUGAAUCAACACUUAGUCCAGAAGAGCAAAAAGAGAGAAAAAUAAUGAAACUGCUUUUAAAAAUUAAGAAUGGGACACCUCCAAUGAGAAAGGCUGCAUUGCGUCAGAUUACUGAUAAAGCUCGUGAAUUUGGAGCUGGUCCUUUGUUUAAUCAGAUUCUUCCUCUCCUGAUGUCUCCUACACUUGAGGAUCAAGAGCGUCAUUUACUUGUGAAAGUUAUUGAUCGAAUAUUAUACAAACUUGAUGACUUAGUUCGACCAUAUGUGCACAAGAUCCUUGUGGUCAUUGAACCAUUGUUGAUUGAUGAAGAUUACUAUGCCAGAGUGGAAGGUCGAGAGAUUAUUUCUAAUUUGGCAAAGGCUGCUGGUCUGGCUACUAUGAUCUCUACCAUGAGACCUGAUAUUGAUAACAUGGAUGAGUAUGUCCGUAACACAACAGCUAGAGCUUUUGCUGUUGUCGCCUCUGCCCUGGGCAUUCCUUCAUUGUUGCCCUUCUUAAAAGCUGUGUGUAAAAGCAAGAAGUCCUGGCAAGCGAGACACACUGGUAUUAAGAUUGUACAGCAGAUCGCUAUUCUUAUGGGCUGUGCCAUCUUGCCACAUCUCAGAAGUCUAGUCGAAAUCAUUGAGCAUGGUCUUGUGGAUGAGCAACAGAAAGUUCGGACAAUUAGUGCUUUGGCCAUUGCUGCCUUGGCUGAAGCCGCAACUCCGUAUGGUAUUGAGUCUUUCGAUUCUGUGUUAAAGCCUCUGUGGAAGGGUAUCCGCCAACACAGAGGAAAGGGUCUGGCUGCUUUCUUAAAAGCUAUUGGGUAUCUCAUUCCUCUUAUGGAUGCAGAAUAUGCCAACUACUAUACCAGAGAAGUGAUGCUGAUCCUCAUUCGAGAAUUUCAGUCUCCUGAUGAAGAAAUGAAGAAAAUUGUGCUGAAGGUGGUAAAGCAGUGUUGUGGAACAGAUGGUGUAGAAGCAAACUACAUCAAAACAGAGAUUCUUCCGCCUUUUUUUAAACACUUCUGGCAACACAGAAUGGCUUUGGAUAGAAGAAAUUAUCGUCAGUUAGUUGAUACUACCGUGGAGUUGGCAAACAAAGUAGGUGCGGCAGAAAUUAUAUCUAGGAUUGUGGAUGAUCUGAAAGAUGAAGCUGAACAGUACAGAAAAAUGGUGAUGGAGACAAUUGAGAAGAUUAUGGGCAACUUGGGAGCCGCAGAUAUUGAUCAUAAACUUGAAGAACAGCUGAUUGACGGCAUUCUUUAUGCUUUCCAGGAGCAGACUACAGAGGACUCAGUAAUGUUGAAUGGCUUUGGCACAGUGGUCAAUGCUCUCGGCAAACGAGUCAAACCUUACUUGCCUCAGAUCUGUGGUACAGUUUUGUGGCGUUUAAAUAACAAAUCGGCAAAAGUUAGGCAACAGGCAGCUGACCUGAUCUCUCGAACUGCUGUUGUCAUGAAGACUUGUCAAGAGGAAAAAUUGAUGGGGCACUUGGGCGUUGUUUUAUAUGAAUAUUUGGGUGAAGAGUACCCUGAAGUAUUGGGCAGCAUUCUGGGAGCACUGAAGGCCAUUGUAAAUGUAAUAGGUAUGCAUAAGAUGACCCCACCAAUUAAAGAUCUCCUGCCUAGACUCACUCCCAUCUUAAAGAACAGGCAUGAAAAAGUACAAGAGAAUUGUAUCGAUCUUGUCGGACGUAUUGCUGACAGGGGAGCUGAAUAUGUGUCUGCGAGAGAAUGGAUGAGGAUUUGCUUUGAGCUUUUGGAGCUCUUAAAAGCUCACAAAAAAGCUAUUCGUAGAGCCACAGUCAACACAUUUGGCUACAUUGCAAAGGCCAUUGGCCCUCAUGAUGUUUUGGCUACACUUUUAAAUAACCUCAAAGUUCAGGAAAGGCAGAACAGAGUUUGUACCACUGUAGCAAUAGCUAUCGUCGCAGAAACGUGUUCACCCUUCACAGUGCUACCUGCCUUAAUGAAUGAGUACAGAGUUCCUGAGCUGAAUGUGCAGAAUGGAGUGUUAAAAUCACUUUCCUUCUUAUUUGAAUAUAUUGGUGAAAUGGGAAAGGACUAUAUUUAUGCUGUAACACCAUUGCUUGAAGAUGCUUUAAUGGAUAGGGACCUUGUACACAGGCAGACGGCUAGCGCGGUGGUGCAGCACAUGUCACUCGGGGUGUAUGGAUUUGGUUGUGAAGACUCACUGAAUCACUUGUUGAACUAUGUAUGGCCCAAUGUGUUUGAGACCUCUCCACACGUGAUUCAGGCGGUUAUGGGAGCCUUGGAGGGCCUGAGAGUUGCUAUUGGACCAUGUAGAAUGUUGCAGUAUUGUUUACAGGGUCUCUUUCACCCAGCCCGGAAAGUCAGAGACGUGUACUGGAAGAUUUACAACUCCAUCUACAUUGGUUCUCAGGACGCGCUCAUAGCACAUUACCCAAGAAUCUACAAUGAUGAUAAGAACACCUAUAUUCGUUACGAACUUGACUAUAUCUUAUAACUUUAUUGUUUAUGUUGUGUUUAAUGCACAGCUGUUUCACCUCUUAAACUUGCUUCGAUUUGGUGAUAUAAACUUUUAAACAUUGCAGAUCAGGUAGAACUGGUCAUAGAGGAAGAGCUAGAAAUCAGUAGCAUGAUUUUUAAAUAACCCGUCUUUGUUUUUGAUGUUAAACAGUAAACGCCAGUAGUGACCAAGAACACAGUGAUUACACACGCUAUACUGGAGGGAUUUCAUUUUUAAUUCAUCUUUAUGAGAAUUUAGAAUUCAUUCCUUGUGUUUAAAGGGAAUGUUUAAUUGAGAAAUAAACAUUUGUGUACAAAAUGCUAACUUGUGUGUGUUUUUUGAACAUGACUUGUAAAAUGCGGAACUUUGAUGAAGUAUUGGUUUGUGUAGAAUAAGUGGCUUAAUUUUAUUUUCUGUUACCUGGUUUAUAGAAAGUAGUUAGCAGAAUAUAAACUAUAUAAAGUGAUGGCAUCUUUGUCAAAUUCCAUUGUUCUGUUGAUAAUGACAUCAAGAAGAGUAGCUUUGAGGGUUCACCUCAAACUAGCACAGCCGUUCAUCACCAUAGAAAAUAAUAGCACCUUUGCUGACCUGUCUUGCAUAAUACUAUUUUGCACUUACAUAGCGCCUUUCAUCUCUUGAUUUCUCAAAAUGCUUUAUGAACAUGUUUAAGAGAAGUGAUUCAAGUCCUAACUCUUGAGUUAGUAGUUAGAAGGUGGGGAAGGUAUCCUUACUUCAAAACUGCUUUCUACCUAAGUAUUGCUAAUAGAAUAAGACAAUCUUUGGGCUCUUUCCCGUGUCAUAAGCCACUACUUAACAAUGUAUUCAGAAAAUACUUGUUGAAUACCUAUUGUAUACCAGUCACUGUGCUUAGUAUAGGGGAUGCAAAGGUGCUUUUGACCUGCCCCUUGCCCUUAAGAAAUGCAGAAUAGUGGAAAAGAGGAGACACAUCUAGUUGCCUGUUACGUACUGUGGUUAAAAUGUCUGGGUUUGCUUAAAUUGAUCUGUAGGUGUCAAGCAUAAAUCAAAACCGUUUAAUUCUAGAGGAACCAAGCAUUAAAGCAGUACUUACUGUGUUUUGGCAAUGACUUUAAAUAUAUUUUCAGCUUUUCCUAAUUUUCUGACCAAAAAUUUCUUCAUAGUCCUUUUACUGCCCACAGUAGUGUUGUCUCCUUUGGUUAGUACUUGGGUGAAGUCUGAUGAGAAACGAGAUUGUGCAGCAGGCUCAGCCGGCGAUGACUCUGCCGCUGUGAGGAAAACUGGUCCACUGGCACGAGGAGGUUGGUUCCUUCAACUGUGAACACUUCGGGCCUCCUGUUUUGGAGGCUCACACGACACUUUGCAAUUGGCUGACUCUUAAAAAUGAUUACUGAGCAUUAGCGGACUCUUCAGGCGGAAUUUUUCACUUCUUAUUUUCCUUGUGUAACAUAUCUGUGACAACUGUCAGUGUGUGCUAAAACAAAUUGGCCAAAUCAUCUUUUUAUUCUUGAAAUUUUUGUAAUAGUAGCCCCCGUGUAACUUUGUAUGUUGCUCUUCCCCGUAGUUAAUGUCAAAUGACUCUUAGUAAUUUCUAAUCGUGAGAAUUGAGGAAAAUGAUGAGGCUUCAAAGCCAAAAUUUGUUUUAAACCAGUCUUGGAUAAAUUUAGUUGUAUUUUCACUUCAAGUACUUGGGUAACUUCAGUUUGCUUGGGCCCUGGCUCUUUAUGGAAAAUAAAUCUGCUUUAUAGUGGCGAUGUGGAACAAAGGAGACUGCCUUAUCUGACUUCUACUGAUGCAGAUAAUUUGAAGACAGGUGAGGGAAAUAUGGCAAUGACCUUAAAGGAUGGGACCAAAUAAAGGCUCAUAGACGUUUGGAUAAUUUUGUACGCUUACUAUUGAAUAAGGAAAGCAUUUUGUGACAUACCCUUGUGAAAGACGCUAUGUAAAGUUUUAACUAUCUUUCAGAAGACUUUUUCUUUCGCACUUUCUUUUGGUGUUUCUUAAAGCCAAACUUAAGCAGGAAGAAAAUGUUCUUAAGGGGAGACAGUGGGUGGGUUUUUCUGUGGGCUUCUGUUGGUUUUUCUGUGGGCCCUCCAAUGGAAUUGAUCUCUUUGGCUGUUCAAUUUUUUCAUAAUUGUAUUUUUAAAAUUUGUUGUACGGUGCCCUGUGAGCAUCAAGUACCACCAGAUGAAUAAAACUUAUUAUAUCUAAA